UUUAGCUCAUCUAGGGUUCUUCAAUGUGGAAGGGAGGAGGCGUCUCAGCUCCGCCGCAGCAGCCCGACGAUGAUGCGCUCCACGAUCAGCUGGCGCAGCUGGAAGCGCUGCUCAAGAGCUCCAGGAAGAACUACAAGCAAAUUCUCAAGAUCGCCGAGCAAGUGCUGGCGGUGCAUCCAGAUGAUCCGGAUGCGCUGAAUUGCAAAGUGGUUGCUCUGAUCAACAGUGACAGCUUUGGCGAUGCUUUGGCUGCGAUCCACUCGGCAGGAUCGGUGGUGGAUCUGAAAUUUGAGAAGGCAUAUUGCUUGUACCGUCUUGGUCGCUUCGCGGAGGUCUUACAGAUCUUACAAGGAGUGGAAAACAGCCCAGGUGUUCUCCAACUCAAAGCCCAGACUCUCUUCAAGACAGGUGAUCUUAACUCCUGCGUUGAAACUUACGAGACCCUUCACCGCGAGUUUGGGAUCGAGUCGAGCGAAGUGAAGAGCAAUGCUAUUGCUGCCUAUGUCUCUGGAGGAAGAUCCAGGGAGGCUUUCGAGCGCAUGCGAUCGAUGCAAGUCAAUCCGAAAACUCUUUUCGAGCUGGCAUAUAACGUCGCAUGCGUUUUGAUAGACCAAGAAGAGCUCUCGCAAGCCGAAGAGCAUCUACUUCUGGCACGUAGACUCGGGCAGGAAAUGCUGCUCGAGGACGAGUACAGCGAAGAUGAGAUUGAGGACGAGCUUGCUCCAGUAACAGCUCAGCUGGCCUAUGUGCUACAGUUACAAGGACGUGCAACCGAGGCCACGGAGAGUUGCCUUGCAAUCUUGAACAGAGAUUUGAAGGAGAAGGACCUGCCAACCUUGGCUGUGGUUUCGAACAAUCUCGCAGCUAUUCGCAAAAACAAGGAUGCAUCCGACUCCUUAAGGAAGCUCGAAGUUGUCCUGAAGAAGGAUGCAGAUGGUAAACGUCUCCAGUUUCCCGAAGCCUUGGGACAGAAGAUGUCCAUCAAUCAGAAAGAGGCUCUAGUCUAUAAUUACUUUCUACUGCUUCUCAGCACCAACAAACUUAACCAGGCGCGCGAACUUAUACCAUCACUCGUGGAAGAAUACAGCGGCAGCAGCAUGCCCGUUGUUCUCAAGGCCUGCUUGUCAUUGAAAGAAGGAAAAAUCGAUCUUGCGGAAGAAGUUUUGGGGGAGUACGCAGAGAAAAACACCGAAAGCACCGUUGAGCCGUUGCUCCUGUGUGCGCAAGCCAGGACCACUGCUGGACACUAUCUGGAAGCUGCGGACGUCCUCCGAAAGGCCACAGAUAUCAGGCAUAUGCCAGCGAUAGUGGCGACGGCAGUUGAUCUCAAGGAACGCGGAGGCGACGUGCAAGCGGCCCAAACCAUCCUGCUCGAGUCUGUGAAAUGGUGGGAAGACAAUAUGGAGGAGACGAGGGACGAGAUAGUAGAGCUGCUGCUGCACGAGGCUGCGAAGCUAAAGCUGAAGACGAAGGACUUUGCAGGGGCGGCUGAGUUAUAUGAAAGGCUUGCAAAGAGCUCUUCUUCCAAGGCAGUCGGGCUGGAAGCCAUCACGGGGCUCGUCUCCUGCUUUGCCGAGACCGACGUGGCCAAAGGAGAGACCUUUGAGAAACAGCUCCCGGACGUAAAGGUGGUGGACGCAAGCAAGCUUGAAGAGAGCUCUGUGGUUCCGGGUGGCAGUAAAACGAUUCAAGCGAACGUCGAGGAGAAACCAGCCGAGGAAAAGAAGAAGAAGAGGAAGAGAAAGCCUCGGUAUCCGAAAGGCUACGAUCCAGAGAACCCGGGGCCGCCGCCGGAUCCAGAGAGGUGGAUGCCAAUGCGGGAGCGGUCUUACUACAGGCCCAAGAAGAAGGACAAGCGCACUGCACAGCUGAGAGGGUCUCAAGGAGCGAUUUCCAGGGACACUUCCUCUUCCUCGGCAGUAGCAGCAGGUGCAGCAGGAGCAGCAGCAGGAUCGAAUGGUCCCAGCACUUCCAAGCCUGCCGAGACAAGAGGUGGCGGCAAGAACAAGAAGAAAGGCCGGCGGUGAUGCUCUUCUCUCCGAGGUACUCGAAGCUUUCUUUUUGUUCUUCCAGAUCAUGAGAAACAUUUUUGUUAAAGCUCUUAUGACAAGUUCUCCAAGUCUUUGGUUUUACAAGACUUUAAUGGACCAAUCUUUGUCGAUGGA